AUGAUCACCGGCAAAGACAUGUACGACGUACUAGCGGCGAUGGUGCCGCUAUACGUAGCUAUGAUACUAGCUUACGGUUCGGUAAGGUGGUGGGGAAUAUUCACACCGGACCAAUGUUCCGGUAUAAACCGGUUUGUUGCGGUUUUCGCGGUUCCUCUUCUCUCUUUCCAUUUCAUCUCCUCCAAUGAUCCUUAUGCCAUGAAUUACCAUUUCCUCGCCGCCGAUUCUCUUCAGAAAGUCGUUAUCCUCGCCGCACUCUUUCUUUGGCAGGCGCGCAUUUAG